AUGGAGCAAGAACCCAAAGCUGCUCAUCCGAGUCCUGCCCCAAAUGCAGAGAUAGCCGUUCCGGUUACUGAUACGAGCGAUCCUGCCCUUGAGCUUAGAGCCAGCAUGCCCCACGGCGCAGCUCUAUCGCCAAUAUAUUGUAUCCCACAGAGGGUACAACAGACCCCACCAGCCACUAUACAGGAACAUGCGAAAGAAUCUCAGAAGGUCACUUCAAAUUCUUCCAAUACUUCGGAUCAUGUGGACCACUGGUAUCGAAAAUACCUUCAAAAGGAGAAGGAGCUGGCGGACCAGCAUGCGAUAAAUGAUCAGCUCCCGGCUGAAAACUAUGACCUCAAUGAAGAAACAACCUCAUGGCGGGAAACAAGUUCCAGGACCGAAAAGUCCUUGCAAAUCAAGCGACGAGAAUAUCAUGACGCAGGUAUUCUAUUGGAAAAGAGGCAACAAGAUGUUGAUAAAUUGCGCGGUCUACUGCAGGAGGCUAAUAUUCGGCGUCAGCUAGAGGAUAAGGCUCUUGUCGACCAAACCAUGUGCCUCCGGGUGGAUAUCAGAAACUUUUCCUUGCAAUACGGUGAAAUCGACGAAAAUGCGCCCCUGAUUCCUUCCGACACAUACUCGCUACUCAAAGAAUAUAUUGAAGUGCCUGAACGCAUCUUGCAAUUCUAUCUAGCGUCUAUCUCGGCUCGUCCCCCCCCUAGUCCGUGCUUUAAUAUGGGCCUUCAUAUACAGGCGGGUGCUUCGUCGAUUCAGCCACCGGAAGGAUAUUUGGCGAACCCAGACGCACGAGUAGAAAAGGGGCGGAUAACAUGGAGGGCCAAGACCAUCGACCUGCUGCUUGAGACAAUGGAUAGAAAUCAAGUUGAAAAUUCUGCGAACAACGAAGUAUUUGUUAGACAGGAGGCACGCAUUCUCGCUGGACUGCUGGAACCUGUUGUCUGCCGGAGCAUGGAGACCAUUCUUGAGCCUUUGUGGAGGCUUCUGAACAACAGUUUGGCUCUCCAUCGAGUAUUGGACCAGCAGGUGGCGAUGUGGUGUUGGUGCUUCCCCAGCGAGGUGCCCUGCAAGUUUGAUCGAGCAAUGCAUGCAUCUGUCACCCAGUCCCAGAAGGGGCAAAUCGAUGAAAUACAGCUAGUCAUUUCACCUGCUCUCAUGAAACGAGGCAAAUCUUCUGGAGAUGGGUUUCUUGUGAAUGAGGUACACGUCAAAAUGGAGGUGGAGCUUGAGCUUUCUCGCCCGGCUAGCAGUAGCUCUCGUUCUGGUUGGAAUCCACUCAAUCAUCUUGGUCGUUUCCGGUCCAAACCAUAG